GAAUUGCCCGGACCGAUUGGGAUGGAUUUCGGCGAUUUCGGGCUCCUCGAGCUUGGGGAGUUCAAGGCCGACGAGCUGCUCGACGUCAAGAAGUUCAAGGACUUCGUGGCGCCCAACACGCAGUCGGAGGACAUUCGCCAGGUGUCGCUGGUCGGCUGCCCCGGCACCGGCAAGACAUGGUGCGGGUGGCUGGUGGCGUACACCCUGCAGCAGGCCGGCAAGACCGGCAAGAAGACGCUGCACCUGGCCAUCAGGAACUCGACCGUGACGGCCAUCGCCAACUUGCAGGUGAAGAAGCAGUACAGCAAGGUGCACUGGAACGAGAACAUGCUCGAGCAGGUCCUGAGAGAGUCGAAGUGCCAGGUCGGCAUCGUGGACGGGAGCAUGAACAAGCCGGAUGCAGCCUCCGACAUCUUCACCGGCAUCCAGCAGCUGAUCGAGCGGAACGAGAAAGAGUUCGCUCACGUGAAGUUCUUGGGGCUGCUGUCUGGCCACGGCCAGGAGAAGAUCACAGGCAAGCAGUCAAACAUACUGGAUGUCACGCACAAGCUCGUUGGACAGAAGGGGACGUCGCAGGGCUACACGCAAAGAUGGAACAACAAGAUGAAGAAGUUGCUUGCCCUGGAUAUGACCUUAGAAGACCAGCAGGGGAAGAACCGCAGCAGACUUCUCUCGUUCUUUCCCGGCAGUGGUGCUUCCAACGCAGAGGAUAAGAGCUUCGCAGAGGGCAUCAUGUCAGCGCGGCCGAUGCCCCGCUCCGACUUUGUCAUGAAGUGCAUCAAGGAGAACGAGUACGCAGAGUUCGAGGAGGUGGCAAAGAUGUACAGGAGACUCUCGGACAUGAACCCAGGCGCCGCGGGCUGUGUCUUCGAGCUCUUGGCGCCGAAGAGCAUCGAAGAGCACGAGGAGAUGGAGGUCGGCAAUUUCAUUCUGGGCUAUUUCACGCCUGCCAGCCCGCACUAUCCUGUGCUCGACAGCAUUCUCAGGUUCAAGUCUGCCGACAAGACCGAGGCAUUGGCCAUCCAGAUCAGCAUUGCCUUGGAGCACAAGCAUGGCCCGCUCAAAACCCUGCCGAAGUUGCUGCAGUUGCCGCCGCCUCUGCCAAUGCCAAGCAAGCCGCCGUUGGCCUUGUGGGACUUUUACAAGGGAGGGAAAUCCUGCGAGUGGAAGCCCAAAGUUUCUGAUGUCUGGGAGCUGCUGCAUGUUAGCUGCGAGGCCUUUGACAAACGCAUGCGUGGCCGUUGA